AUGCAGAAUUUUCUGGGUGCGACGUUGAUGAUGAGCUGUCUUGGCUACCCACAGAUGCGUCUCUAUUGGGCACGGGGCACAAGGGUGCCUGCCAUUGCCGACGUCCUCACCCGAGACCAGUUUUUCACGCUUCGCAGCAACUUCAAAGUUGUCAAUGAUCUUGACUUCACCGAGCAAGACCAAAAGAAUGAUCGUCUGUGGAAGGUCCGACCGAUCUUAAAAGAGGUCCAAGCAGCAUGCCGUAAGCUCACAAAACCACCUUCCGUGUUUAUUGAUGAACAAAUAAUACCAUUUACAGGCGUCACUACAAUCAAGCAGUAUGUGCCUGGAAAGCCUCACCCUACAAGCUUGAAAAACUUCGUGAUCGCCAGCCCCAGUGGACUAGUCCUGGAUUUCGACAUUUACCAGGGGAAAACUGUCCUCAAGAUUAGCAAUAGCCCAGACCUUGGACUCGGGCCUUGUGCAAGUCUUUGCAAAAACACUGCCUAG